AUGCCAGAGGGAAAUCAUAGCACCGUGACUGAAUUUAUCCUUACUGGAUUCCCUGGACUUGAUCCAGAGUACCAAGGCCUUGUCUCAGCAGUAUUGUUCUUAGUUUAUAUCUUAACUUUAACAGGCAAUGUAACAAUUCUUUUUUUAUUUGCAACCAACCACAGUCUCCAUAAGCCAAUGUAUUAUAUUAUUCUAAAUCUAUGUACAUGUGACAUCCUUUUGAGCACAACAACUUUACCUAAAAUUAUCAGUAAGUAUUGGUUUCAAACAGGGACCAUUUCAUUCACUGCUUGCUUUGUCCAAAUGUACUUUGUUCACUACCUUGGCACAGUGAAUUCCUAUAUUCUCUUCCUAAUGGCUUUAGAUAGGUAUGUGGCGAUCUGCCAUCCUCUCAAAUAUCCCAUUGUUCUUAAAAGUUCCAAUAUCCAAAUUCUCAGUAUUACGGCAUGGAUUAUUGCCAAGGCAGGCCCUUUAAUGUUAGUUAUUAGGGCAUACCCUCUCCCGUACUGUUCCUCAAACAUUAUCAACCACUGCUUCUGUGAUCAUAUUGGUAUAACAACCCUAGCAUGCGUUAACAGGGCCCCUUAUGCUCUUCCUGCUUUUACGUUUGCAAUGUGUUCCUUACUGGGACCUCUGGCAUUCAUACUGUUCUCAUAUUGUACUAUAAUUAUAGCAGUACUUAGGAUUGCAAAUGGACAAGGUCGCAUUAAAUCUCUGUCAACUUGCAGUACUCAGCUGAUUAUAAUUUCACUCUAUUAUUUGCCCAGAUGUUUUGUGUAUUUAGCCAGCAAUGUUGGCAUAAAAUUUAGUUCUGAGGUGCGAAUAGUAAUAAUCAUGGUUUAUAGCCUUUUCCCUCCAAUGAUUAAUCCAAUUAUCUAUUGCUUAAGAGCUAAAGACAUGAGAGAAAGCUUGUGGAAGCAAUUCAACAUAAAGACUGUUCCCAAAAAAGCAAAAGUUUCAGCUAUUAGCAACUGA